AUGCAGCUGUACUGCAACGUUAAUUGCUGCCCGUACGGCGGCAACUGUGGCAACGGCCUGGUCGAGUCGACGAAGGUCGCGUUGGUGAGGAACGCGGCGACCCGCGAAUUGGCCGUGGUGGCGCAAGAUUUCAUUGAUGCGGACGAGGUACUGGGUGAGUAUCUGGGCGAGCUCGAGCACGUGAUCGUCUCGCACGCGGCUCGACCGCGCAACGAGGGCUACCGCCUGAUCAUGACGCAACGGCCCGAGAGGCCGAGCCACCCAGUCCGCGUCGCCAUCAACGCUCGGCACAUGGGUGGCUUGAUGCGCUUCGUCAACCACUCGUGCGCGCCGGUGGCUCAGUUCCUGGAAGUGGCGAAUGGACGCAGGACGACGGUCGUGAUUGCCACGACGCACGCCGUGUACGAGGGCGACGAGGUCACCGUCGACUACGGGCCCGACCUGUGGUUCGUAUGUCGCUGUGGCCACCCCAAUUGCCGCCAUCGCGACAUCCAAGAUCAACAGGACCCGUAG